AUGAGAAGUCAUGCCAAAUAGUUAACGAUUAUAUAAGAAAAUCAUUUCUAAAACUAAAUCUUAGAAAUAACAAAACUAAUACGUAUUAAGAUAAUUAAAACUAUAGGUUAAGGUAAAUAUAAAGCUGGAUUUGCAUUAAUUAACAAAGAAUUUGAAAGAUCAUUGAUUAUGCAAACAGGAUGGCGAAUUCGUAUUCAAUUACUUAGAAGAGGAAUAGUGUGUCUUAUUAAGAUUCUAAAGUAGUAUUCUCGUGAUGGGAACAAAUAAGAAAGUUAAAUACACUUAGUGAGAAAGUUACAGCAAUUCCUUUUGUUUUAUAUGGAAAUGUUACAAAACUAAGCUAAGGAAUAUAGUAAAAAUUAAUAAGAAAUUUAAUAGAAAAGUUUUAUUUGAAGGAUAUUCUAUAUAGAUUUUCUUAAAUUUAAAUGCUGACAUUUUAAUUAUCAAAAUAACAUGAAGAUGUUAGAUGUGUACUAUAUUGGAAGCCAAUUUGUUAUUAUAAGGAUUCUCGAUUCAAUAAAUUAAAUUUUUAGUAUAACUUAUUAGUUGGACAAUUGCAUUUUUAAUUUAAGUUAUUUGAGCCUGCUAUUUCUUAUUUUUAUGAAGCCAUAACUGAAUGUUAAUUUCUAUUGAUGGAUAUAAUUAAUUAAGAUUAUCACCUUAAAAAGAUGGAAGAUUAAUAUUUUAAAGUAAUUUCAUGGAUUGUUGUUACACUCUAUAUUCUUGGUUUUAUAUUUGAAUUACAAUCAGAUUAUACUAAAUUAUUAGAAACAUAUAAAAUUGCAUUGUGGUUAUCAUAAAUAACAAAUAAUAUUGGUUUAACCGCAUUUAUUGAUGAAAAAUAUUAUUAAUACACUAACAAAGUAAGAUUUACAUAUAUAAUUAAUUUAGUAUAGAAAUUUCAUGUUAGAAAUAAAGGAAGUCAAUUCAAUUUUAGCACCAAUUUUUCCAUAAUCUAAUCAUUAUCAAAAUGAAGAUACAAGUAAUGAUUAUUGGACUAAAAUAAAUGAUGGAUUUUAUAGAAAAUAUAAUAAAGAGAUUAAUUUAAACUUAUAUUCCAUUUUACAAUAACCAGAUGAAUCUGUUUAUAAUAAAAAGUUAUUUAGAUUAACUGAAUAAGAAACUACAAUCUAAUCCAAUAUUCAUACUCCUCGUUAAUAAGAAAAAUGUAGAACAUUCAAUUCAUUAGAUGAUGUAAAGAUCAGUAAGUAAACUACUAAUAAUCCUUCACCUUAACAUUCUCAUAGAACUCCUGUUAUAAUAACACAUCAGAAAAGUAAAUCUUAUAAGUUCACUUCAGAUAUUGAUUAAAUUCUAAAGAGAUUGCCUUAAAGGGAAAUUGAAACCUUUUCUUCCUUAAAGGCUAAAAAAGAAUUAGAUUUAUAUUAUCAAUAAAAGGUUCUCUCCUCUUUUGAAAGUGCAAAUUAAAUAAAAUCUUUAAAAUCUGUUAAAUAAUAGAUAUCAUCUUAAGAAGAAAUAGAUAAAGUUUGCUAAUCAGAUUUAAUAGUAGGAAAAAAACUAUUAAAAUUUCAAAAAUAUACUCAUUAAAGAGUAGCAACACAUUCGAACAUAAUGAAAAUUAUAUCUGAUAUAUCCAAAGAAUAAGAACAUUUAGAAGGUAUUAAUAAAGCCAGAUUGGUAUUAUAAGGAACAUAAGACAUAGAAGAUAAAAUGAGAUUUUAAAUUUAAUAAAUCAUUAAAAAAUAGUCUAUAUUUAAUGAAGGAGAAUUAAUGGUAAUUAAUAUAUAAUAUUUAUUAGAAUCUUAAAUCAUUAGUUUCAGAUUAUGAAUAAAAUUUAUCUAAAGCACCUACAAUACAUGAGCAACCUAUCGAAUAAUCAUAAAUUUCUAAAAGUUUAAGAGAGAAAAAUAAUUUAAUUGUUAAAUCGAUUGAUUAAAUUAUUAAAAGAACACCUUAAGAAUAAUUUAAAACAAGAAAGUCUUUUUUAUCUCGUGUAUAAGAAAGUAUGCUUAAAAAAUGA